AUGGCAUCUCAACCACCUUCCGUAACGGCCUUAUCAGCGCCCGGUAAGGUCCUCCUGACCGGUGGCUACCUAGUCCUCGAUCGCACCUACACCGGCACCGUUUUCGCCCUCGAUGCGCGCAUCCACGUUGUUGUUCAGCAACUGAGACGGGGCCACCGCCGCGGGGCCUCUGGCUCAGGACCAGAUCACAAGGCCGCUACCAUAAGCAGCGAGACGGACUCUGCCCGACUGGAGGGAUCCGGUGUUGACGAGACUGAGGCCGAGGACACCAUCGUGGUGCGCUCGCCGCAAUUCGACAAUGCGAUCUGGGAAUAUGGCAUCCAGCGGUGCGAAAAUGGCGGUGGAGUAAAGGUGAACCAGAAAAAUGAUGGACCGCGGAACCCUUUCGUUGAAACCUCCUUAAGCUAUGCAUUGACCUACAUAGGCUAUGUCGCCGACUCCAAGGAUUUCGGCUCACUCUCAGUGACCAUUCUGGCUGAUAAUGACUACUACUCGGAAACUGCUACCUCCAAGGGCCCUGCAUCCCAGGGUCGGGGUCGCUUUGUCAAUUUCGGUGUCCCGCUCCUCGAAGCCCACAAGACAGGACUGGGCUCAUCAGCUGCCCUGGUGACCGCUCUUGUUUCCUCACUAGUGAUUCACCGAACUAUGCAGGCUGAUGAUCUCGGCGCCGGCCGCGACAAGCUCCACAAUUUGGCGCAAGCCGCCCACUGCGCAGCCCAGGGCAAGGUUGGGUCCGGCUUUGACGUGGCCGCUGCCGUGUACGGAUCUUGUCUGUACAAGCGUUUCUCGCCGGCAAUUCUCGAGUCGGUGGGUGAUGUUGGAACUCCUGGAUUUGACGAGCGACUGUUUGCCGUUGUAGAGGACGCUGACCCCGAGCACCCAUGGGAUACUGAGUGCGUGGAUUUCGGUAUGCAGCUUCCGCGCGGGAUGCAGAUGGUGCUAUGCGAUGUCGAAUGUGGCUCGCAGACGCCCUCGAUGGUUAAGAAGGUGUUAGCAUGGAGGAAGGAAAACCGCAAGGAGGCCGAUAUCCUCUGGGCCAGCCUUCAGAAUAACAACGAGCGUCUCCGUCAGGAACUCAAGCGUCUUGCGCAACACCCCGAUGCCAACACAGAUGGCGAGUUCUCGGAAAUCCAGAAUUAUAUCCAGCGCACACGGCACCAUAUUCGCACGAUGACCCGCCGGACGGGUGUGCCCAUUGAGCCGAGUGUACAGACUGAGCUGCUGGACAGACUCACUGAGAUCGAUGGGGUCAUUGGUGGUGUGGUGCCCGGCGCUGGAGGAUACGAUGCCAUUGUAUUAUUGAUCAAGGACGAUCCUGCAGUGAUUACACGAUUGAACGAACAAUUCGAGAACUAUGAGAGUGCGGUGGAGGAUGAUUUCGGUGGGAAGAUUGGCAAUGUACGACUCCUGGGUGUCCGGCAUGGGUCCGAAGGGGUGAAGAAUGAAGUGCUGGAGCAAUAUGCGGGCUGGGUCUAG